ACAACAGACAAAAUGACACCCACCCACUCAUUCAGUCGCUCUGGUCAGGCCGCAGCCCCCUCCACCCACGACAAGCCCCAGUGUCGGGGCGCGUGAGCACCCACACGGGUCGAACUACCCAGACUGACCCUCUCAUCUUUCUGACUUCCUACCCUGAGGAGACAGCACAGCAGGAGACUCCACCCUGAGGGUCCUUCAGGACAGGGGCAGCCAUGUCACAGUUCUCAACCAUGACGACCAGGGAGAGGAAAAUGCAGGCGGCAGCAAUCUGCAGGGAGGUUCAGACUCUGGAAGAUGUGGAGAUGGAUCUUGGGAAGAAAGUGAGUGUGCCCAAGGACAUCAUGCUGGAUGAGCUGUCCUAUGCCUCGAACCGCGGCUCCCGUCUCUUCAAGAUGCGCCAGAAACGCUCUGAAAAAUACACGUUUGAAAGCAUCCAGAAUGCAAACAACAAGCAGCUCAAUAGCACAGUGGUUUCUCAAACUGAGAAUGCUCCGGACAGCCAAAGCGUUGAGAACAACUUGGGUGUCGACCAACCACCUCAAGUAUCAUCUGACUCGCCAGACACAAGGAUGGUGCCAAAUCCAGAGUGCAUCGCCCCUGGUUACGGGGGUCCUUUGAAAGACGUCCCUCCAGAGAAGUUCAACAGUACAGCUGUGCCAAAGUCCUACCACUCACCCUGGGAGCAGGCCAUCAUUAAUGACCCGGCCUUGGCUGACACUCUCCUCACAAGCAUGCCUGAACCUGCGCCUCGACCAGACCUACCAGGGUACAAGAGUUUUAACAGGGUGGCAACCCCGUUCGGUGGCUUCAGCAAGGCACCCAGACCUGCCCCCAUCAAGAGCCUCCAGCUGGAGCCGCUCCCGGACUACCCCGAGCUCCAGGCGAACGCAGCAGUAGAUCGACCCUCAUUCAACAGAGCCGCUCUGGGGUGGAUUUCAGCGGGUGGUCCAGCACCCCUCCCUACCAUUUCCCAUGAGCCUGUGCUCAUCCCUGAGUCAGACGACCUUUGAACCCGUAAUGAGGUCACACAGAGAUGCUGUCUACUUAGUUGUUGUGAUGGUGAGCGGGGGUAAUGUUUCAGUCGGGGUGAGAGAAAGCGUUCUGCUGGCUGUUGGUGGUUCAAGUUACCUUGUGCGAAGCAUCCUUGGUUCUCCAGGGGUGUUAACUUUUGCACUGCACUAAAAAAAUAAAUAAGUUAAUCAUCCUUUCCAGUGUGCAGAGAUGCCACAGGAAUAAAUGGAGUUUGUUGUAUAUUAAUGUGCAUAAGAGUAUUUUAUCUUGCAGACAAGUUUUUGCUCAAUAAAAUGACCUAGAAUUAA